AUGGCUGGUGGGUGGUGGGUGAACAGAGCCGGCCAGCUGCGUGGCUGGCCUGCCGGACUGCGCCUGUUCAGUGCAGACUUAAUCACUGAACAGCCGGGCUAUUGUUCGGUUCCAUGGAAGGACAGGGAAGCAAGGAGAGCAAACGGGCACGUCGAUUCACUGACGAGUUCACUGCACACAUGUCUGUUCAGGCAGCGAAUUCUUCUGGGCCUGACUUGGGCAAACAAAGAGCGCGCAACAAUGGUGCACUUAUGCCAGGAGAGCAAAUCAACCAGCGCAUCCGUUGUAGAUGCCUUUGAUGUGAAGGAUAUCAUCAAUGGCAACGAGGUGCCGUGGCCCAUAACACCUGAUUGGUUGAGAGACUCGACACUCGAGACUGGAGCUGGUGCGCACGGCCAGAACAUGUUGUGGUCCGAUUGUUUGGAUGUGAACCUGAUUUCAGUACCGAUACACUGCCAUACCUUUGGCUCGUUCGCUACCAUUCGUCACUGCAGAGCCCAGUUUCUGUGA